AAGAAUAUCUCAAAACCAAAAAAAAAACAAAACGCAUCGCUCUCUCAGAUCGUGGCCUCUCCCAGCGCCGGCGGCCAGCCACCGCUGCCCCUCCCGCGCCGGCGACGUGCUCCUCCUGCCCUCGGCCAAAUCUCUCCCACCGUCGGCCGCGCUCCUCCUGCCCUCGGCCGAAUCUCUCCAUCCGGUCGUCCCUGGCCCAGCCACCAGCGUCCUUCGCCCUAACCCUAGCUCCUCGACGGUCGAGGCAACAAAAGGCGGCGCUCGGCCCGGCCCCUGGAAGAAACGGAACCCUAAACUGAAGUAUGAGCCGCCGCCGUUGCUCGCCGGCGACGGCACCUCCACUGGAAGACGAGGACCUUCUCCAGGAGAUCCUCCUGCGCCUCCCUCCUCAGCCAUCCUCCCUCCCACGUGCGUCCGCAGUAUGCAAGCGCUGGCGCAGCAUCCUAUCUGACCCCCAAUUCGUCCAACGCUUCCGCAAACACCACGGGAAACCCCCGCUAAUCGGCUUCUUCAACCAAAGUUAUACCGUAGUCUGCGACUUCAAUCCCAUCCUGGAAGCGCCUGACCGUGUCCAUGCCAAUCGUCUCUCGGUGCCAAAGAGACACAGCUCCAUGGGGAAGUGGCGUUUCAUGGGCUGCCGCAACGGCCUUGCCGUCCUGAUCAACGGGGGUCGGCGUGAGGCCGUCAUGUGGGAUCCUCUCACCGGCCAGCAACAUCGCGUGCCUUUUCCACCAGGGCUUCACGACGGUCCAAUGGGUAGUUUCUAUGACUGGCAUGCCGCGGUGCUUUGUGCUAAUGCCGAAGAUGGGCACGUGCACGGAGAUUGCAUCAGGGGGCCGUUUAAAUUGGUCUUGAUCUGCAACAGAUACGAGCAGGCAUCCGUUUCUCUCUAUGACUCCACAUCUCAUGCUUGGGGAGAUAUUUUCUCGAUGGUGAUAGAAAAUAGAAUUCAUUGGACAAGGUGCAGCAUCCUUGUCGGAAAUGUGCUUUGCUGGUCAAUUUGUGGAGGUGAUGCCCUUGUGUUUGAUAUUGAAAUGCAGAGUCUUGCUGUGAUUGGGAAGCCGGCAGACAACGCUAUCAGUGACUGGUCUUUUCAGCACUUACGGAUGGAGGAUGGUGCACUAGGCCUCGCUGUUUUGUCGGGACUGACCGUCCAAUUAUGGGUGAGGAAACUUAACUGUGACGGUGUUGUCGGAUGGGUGUUGCUGCACAAAAACAAUCCUUUGAAGGGGUUGCUUCCAAGCACAAAGCCUUUGGUAUUUAUCGUGGGGUAUGAUGAGGACACAAAUGCGAUUGUUCUGUCUACGGCGAUUGGUAACUUCAUGCUCCAACUUGACUCAGGGCAGAUCAAACAUAUCAUUAAAAGAAAUGACAUGUGUAUCGACAUGGUUUAUCCCUACCAUAAUUUCUACACUGCAGGCAGGGGAGUUGGGUGGAAAUGGGUCGAGCUGGAACUUUGACCACAUGUGAUCCAGUAAUGUGCUAUCUUGGUUGAAUGAGUGAGGUACCUAGAGUUACACAUUGGUUGCUGAAAUGAAGAAAAGUGUCUAGUUGGUUUAGUCUCCUCCAUAUGCUGAGGCAUGUGAUGUGGUUGACGCUGAGAUUGCUCCUAUAUGUAGUAUGUACUUUUAUGUACGGUGGUCUCUGAAGUGGAACUUGUUGGAUUUAAAUGUCUGAACUUUGGUACUAUCUAAUAUAUUAGCAGAUAUAAGUGAACUUGCGUUCCUUAUUAGUGACCUGCAGAGUUUCUUGGGUUAAUGGUCGGCUCUGCUUUGUGAAGCCGUGGGCUUUUGCUGUUUACACAUGGUCUUUGU